UCUCAAAGAGCGUUUGGUUUGAUUCAGACUAAGUCCUUUUGAUCACUUCCGCGAAGUUUAUUGUAGAAAAAUUCAUAUUCAUAUCUAGAUCUAAGCUGAAAACAUGGGAAAAGGUGGAAGAAAAGUAGAAAAUGGAUAUGAUACUACUUCAGUUAAAAGCUUUUCUUGGGAUGAAAUUCAGAAACACAACAAAAAGACAGACAGUUGGAUCGUCCUAAACGGAAAAGUGUACAACGUGACAAAUUUCAUGAAAAAACAUCCCGGUGGUGCGAGAGUGUUGUCAAGUUACGGCGGUCAAGAUGCUACGGAUGUAUGGACUGCCAUGCAUAAUGACAAAGACUUUGUUGGAAAAUAUUUAAAGCCGUUGUACAUCGGAGAUGUUCUGGAUUACAAUGUUACGGAGGUGCAAAAGGACUUCAGAGAGUUACAGAAGUAUGUAGAGAAUAACAAUCUUCUACGAGUGAAGCCCAUGUUUUAUGUAGCACAUCUUGUGAGCAUUCUUCUGUUAGAAGUUGCCGGGUAUCUGAUACUGUCUCGGCUGGGAACUUCAUGGUUGCCAUAUCUAGCUGCCGUCAUGUGCUUUGUAGUCUCUCAGGCUCAAGCAGGAUGGUUACAACAUGACUUUGGUCAUCUGUCAGUAUUCAACAGUCGAAAAUUAAAUCAUAUCGCACAUCAUCUCAUUAUUGGUCAUAUAAAGGGAGCUUCAUCUCAUUGGUGGAAUUUUAGACAUUUUCUUCAUCAUGCGAAACCAAAUAUUAUCAAGGUUGACCCAGAUGUUGAGGUGGCCAACUUAUUCUUGCUUGGAGAAACAUUGCCGAAACUGUUCGGACAAAAGAAACGUGGAUUCAUGCCAUAUAAUUUUCAGCAUAUUUAUUUCUUCUUACUUACACCCCUUCUACUGCCGACUUACUUUGUGUAUGAGAACCUGUAUUUUGUUGUCAAAAGAAGAGAUUAUUGGGACCUGUUCUUCACUCUUACAUUUUUCUACCGAAUGUUUGCCACACUGACGCCAAUUCUUGGAGUGUGGGGUGUAAUUGGACUUUUUGUGUUUGAAAGGACAAUAGAGAGUCACUGGUUUGUUUGGUGUACUCAGAUGUCUCAUAUACCUAAUGAAGUUGACUUUGAUGCUUCAAAAGAUUGGUUCAAGCUUCAGUUGGACUCAACAUGUAAUGUGGCACCAAGCUUUUUCAAUGACUGGUUCUCAGGACACUUAAACUACCAGAUUGAACACCAUUUGUGGCCAAUGAUGCCAAGACACAACUUUAAGAAGAUUGCACCUCUGGUUGAGUCACUAUGCAAGAAACAUGACAUACAAUACAGAUGUAAACCAUCGCUGCUGAGUGCAUUUGGUGAUGUGGUCAGAUCUUUAGAGGAUUCUGGAGAGAUUUGGUACAACGCCUAUUAUGAAGGGCUGCAUUAAACUCUGUAUCUUGUUCUCGGACUGUCACAGAUGAUCUCUUCCCAGGAUGAUCCAAGUGCAUGCAUAGAUGUGCAUGUGAGGCUAUAAAAAUACUCUUUGAUUGCUCAACUGUUAAGAACGUAUUCUUUGAUUGAAAAGCUGUGAAAGAGUGACAUCUUUUAUUCAAUUGCUGGUACAACUUAAGAUUCUUGUAUAAUUUUGUAACUGUGUUUCAAAAGUUGAUUGAUUUUAUUUUUAUUCAAGUGUCUUUUCUUUGUUUCCCUCUCAAAAGUACAAAAACAACAUGAAUAUCAAGUAUAUUAAGAGUUAUGCCUUUAAAUUGGCAUAUAUUUUAUGCAGUAAUUUCUCUUUUUCACAAUAGACUUUAUAUCAUAAAUUAAUGAAUAUUAACGAGUUGAUUGAUAUUAAGAAAUCAGUAAGUUUGAAAAAAGUUAAAGGAUGCAUAUUGAUUUUAUACCAAGUAUAUUUGUUUAAAGCAAUUUGAGUAUUACAUGUAGGUAGCAAAAGGUCUUUUAAAACGAGACAAUUUGUAGCUUGUCUUCUGUAUUUUGUUUACUUCUAAUCAGCUGUUUUCUUUUUAUUCAUUUUACAUGUCAUGGUUUAUUUAUAAUCAAAAUGUUGAAAAUCUUUGUAGAUGUGCAGUAGAUUGGUGUUAUGGAGUUAUUAAAUGUUUAGAAAGUUGAACAUUGGUUUAACAUUGCCAUAAUAGCUAUCUUUAAAAUGUAUGAUUCCUUGACAAGGUUUAUAAUCCUGCAAACACUAACACUGUAACAGUACCAUUUCCAUGGCUGUAAUAAGUAGUAUUACAUAUAUCUAUUUUUCAUUUUUGUUAUUGUUACUUAAUAUAUUUAUAUGCAAUGUGGCAUAAGAUUGGAGUGAAAUCAUACCACUGCCUAUAUUUCUGCAAAUCAUUGAUUUAGUUUUUAAAUUUUUUAGGUUUUCUGCGUGAAUUUUCUAUAUUUAUAUAUAUAGUCAUGUUAACUUAAUGUUAAUAUAACACUUUUGAAUGCUUGAAAUUAUAGUAUUUGUAUUUUUCAGUCUCGUUUACAUGAAUGUGAAAAUCUGAUUCUUUAAUAAUUGAUUAUAAUUAUAUUUAAGUAAACUGUAAAGCUUGGAAAUUAAGAUCUGAUAGAUUUCUGAUACAUUUUUGUAGGCAAUAAUAACAUAUCUUUUUAUGUUUAAAGGAAUUUUUUAUACCAAACUUGUUUAUGUUUGUGUGAAUUAUUAGUCAUAUUUUGUAAAGAAUACAAAAGAAUUUUUUUGGUUCGAUCAUUAUGUACAUUUAGGUUACAAGUUUUUAUAGACGUUAUUUUUAUUUUGCUCUGCAGUUAUUUAUUACCAGACUUCACUGAUAUUAAAAGUAUUCAAGAGAAAACUAAACUCUGGAGUAAUGGACACAACUCGUACUUCUUUGUACAGGCAGGAUUUAUGGAGUGUUUGGUCUAAGAAAUGAUACAGUAUCUCACAUCUAGUCAAUAAUAACAAUAUAAUCAAAAUAUGUUCACCUGCAUUGAACUGGAAAUUGUAAAUUAGCUGGCUGUUGGUGUUAAUGAGCUAUACAAAAUAAAUACCAAUACAAAAAAAAAAAUCAGCACCUAUGUUGCAUUAAACCACAAAAAACUUACCUUCAGCUUUAACUAAUGAAAAUUGUGGGGAGAAACCUAUUUUUGAAACCAGGGUGUUUAUUUUGACAAUUCGAUUUUAAAGUAUUUGCUAAAAUUGUUAAGCAUAUUUAAAAGAUUAAUAGUUAAUAACAGAAAAUUGAUAAUGUUGAUAUUAUUUACUUAAUCAAAAUCACCACCGUAUAAUGUUUCAGUCUGUAAAUUGUAAAAGGAUUAUUAAAGACAUGAAUAGCUUAAUUGCCAAGUGUAAAAAAACAUUAGUGGCCUAACAGUUAACAAGUAAUGGCCAUGAAGAAUAACAUCAAUGGCUUACAUGUUAGUAGAUAAUGGUCAGAAAAAACAGUAAUGGCUGACAUGAAAACAGAAAUUGGCCAAGUAUAAAAGACAUUAGAUGGCCAACUUGUUAACACAUGAUGGAGAGAUGGAGAAACAGUAAUGGCCUUCAUGUUAACAAAUAAUGGCCAAGUAUAAAAACAUUAAUAGCCUAUAUGCUAACUGAUAAUGGCCAAGUGUAAAAAAAACACUAGAUGGCCGACUUGUUAAAACGUGAUGGAGGGGUGGAGAAACACAAAUGGCCUACAUGUUAACAAAUAAUGGCCAAGUAUAAAAACAUCAAUGGCCAACUUCUUUACACAUGAUGGAGAGCUGGAGAAACAAGUAAUGGCCUACAUGUUAACAAAUAAUGGCCAAGUAUAAAAACACCAAUUGCCAACUUCUUUACACAUGAUGGAGAGGUGGAGAAACUAGUAAUGGCCUACAUGUUAACAAAUAAUGGCCAAGUAUAAAAACAUCAAUGGCCAACUUCUUUACACAUGAUGGAGAGCUGGAGAAACAAGUAAUGGCCUACAUGUUAACAAAUAAUGGCCAAGUAUGAAACAUGAAUGGCCAACUUCUUUACACAUGAUGGAGAGCUGGAGAAACAAGUAAUGGCCUACAUGUUAACAAAUAAUGGCCAAGUAUAAAAACAUGAAUGGCCAACUUCUUUACACAUGAUGGAGAGCUGGAGAAACAAGUAAUGGCCUACAUGUUAACAAAUAAUGGCGAUAAAAAAAAACUGUUAUUUGCAUGAGAAGUGUUGAGAAGACAGAAAAAAUGUAAAUCAGAUUUAGUCAAUGUGCCAUAUACAUAUAUUGCACAAAGUACCUGUACAUUUGUACACAAACAUUUAAUAAUUUUGCAAUCUUAUAGCAUAAUAUUACACUAUGUAUUGAUAACCAUGUCUCAGUUUCUAUUGUCUGUGAUAUACAUUUUUUCUUACUUGUAUUUUGCUAUGAAAUUUUAUUUCUAAGACCACCGGUUUAUGAUUUGUUGAUUUUAAGGUAUUUAGUUUCACAGAAUGUAUGUUUCAGAGAUGUUUUCAAAAAUUACUUGUAAAUAUUGAAGUUUCAGGCAAAUGUAUAUUUUCUUGAUAGAAAAUUAAAAUUUGUUGUUUCUAAACAUCUAUAAAUGUGGUAUGGUGAUGCUAAAUACAGAUUUCUUAUAGCAAAUUUAUAUUGUUUUGAACAAACUUACAUAAAGUUUUCUAGCCAAGGUAAGUAGGUUUUUCAGUUAGGGGAAAUAAUUACUAAUUUGUUUUGGCAAGAUUGCCUCGCAUGUUAUUUAACAUCUGCUAUGUUUUUUGUGGGUUUUUUUUUGUGUGUUUUUUUUUUCAAACUUAAGAAAAUUUCACAGUGAUGAUGGUAUUGCAUGUUCGAAAUCAAUUACCAUUUAUAAGGUUCAGAAGAGUCAGAAUAUGUGAGAAACUUAAAUUGGGGGAAAAGCACCAUUUAAGGCAAUGCUUUUAGUGGAGGUCGAUUUUUUUACGCCUUAAUCAAGUUGAAGAAUUUUCAUUCAGUAUUUAACGUUUAAACCAGUGACAAAACUAAAUAGAAAAAGAUCACUUACUGCCUUGUAGUAAUAUUAUGUUUACUGUUAUUUAGAAACUAGACAAUCUUUGCAAUUUUGCAAGUCUUUUGUAUUUUUUCAAUAAAUAUUUUACGUACUGUUGAAUCAUUUAAUUUCGUGGGAACACAAUUUUGUGAUUUUGGCCAAAAUAGCUAUUCUUGGGGAUGUGAAAUCGUGGAAUUUGGUUUUUCAUGGUUAAAUGAAAGAAACUCUGUUUAUUAAUUAGGAUUUAAUUUCAUGAAUUGACACAACCAUAAAUCCGCGAAAAUUAAUUCUUCAUGAAAAUAUAUGAUUUUAAAGUAUUAUGUAAUUGUUUUUUUGUUGUUUUUUUUUCAGUCAUUUGCAGUUUCUUUCUUCAUAUGUUUUCUACGAAUUGAUAAUUUUGCAGUAUUCUAAUAUUUACUUUAAACAUUCCAGAGAUUCGUAUUCAUUAUAUAUUUAUUUUAGUAUGCCUUCUUUUGUUAUAUUGGUCUUUUAUUAAGCUGACAUAUCAUAACUAUGUUCUUUGUAUGCACUGAAACUCUCAAUAAAAUAAUAUUUUCUUA